AUGGAGAGUCAGGGGAGGAUUCUGGAGAGGUUAUGUGUCAAGUCUCAGCUCAAUACGACGAUACACCCACUCAGACCCUUUCCCCUGAAUUCACUGAUGCCUAAGAAAACAGCUAAUACAUCUUGCCUUCCUAAAGGAGAAAAAGAAAUAAGACAGAGAACGAAUCCUUUACCACCUCCUCGGUCACCCAAUCCACAGCCAAAGAAAUACCAACCCCUUCCUCCUGACACAGAGCAAAGCAAGCUGACCCUCCACCAAAGACACAUCAACCCAGAAAGCAGAAAGGGGACAAGAGCGAUCUGUUUGAAGGAUUUAAGCAAAGCACUUGGAAGAGAAGAAGAUCCAAAGAAACCGGAAUUGUCUAUCGCAACACAGCAAUCGAACUGUAAAUAUCUCCCCGUUCCCAGCUCUUCAUUCAUGGGGAAUGAGACACGCUGUCCAAUCUCAGGGCAGAAAUUAAACGCAAAUUCACGAUCACCAUCCCCAGCAAAGUGUAAACCUCUGGAACAUAAGAUAUCAUCGACCUAUGAAAAUCAAAAAAGGACAAUGUUCAGCAAUCCAAAUCAAAGGGCUCCAGCCCAGAGAAAUUGGUAUAUCGGAGAAUGUAGCCGUCAAGAAGUAGAACGAGCAUUACUCACAGAGAACAGUGAUGGGACAUUUUUAGUCAGAGACUAUUCAAAGAAGUCAGUGACGGAGCCCUACGUUUUGGCCCUACUUUAUCAAAACAAGGUUUACAAUAUCAAAAUCCAUUUUCUGGAGAGAAGCCAACAGUAUGCCCUAGGCACAGGGCUCAGAGGAGAUGAGAAAUUUGAUUCAGUGGAAGAUAUCAUUGAGCACUACAGAUAUUCUCCCAUUACACUCAUUGAUGGAAAAGAUAAAACAGGAAACAACAGAGAACAAUGCUACCUAACACAUCUGCUGCCUUUCAGAAAACAUCCUCACUUUCAUAGUUCUCAUUAG